AAGCUUGGAUUAGUAGCAGCGGUUCUCCCAAGGCGCCAUUAUUUCAUUUGUGUGCAGGUGUACGUACAGUGUUUCCCAUGACGGGAAUUCGGCCGAUGGAGUCCUUGACCAGCGCAGGCGCCGAGCGAGCGGCAUCCACCGACCAGCCGCGGCUGCACGUCGUGCUGCUCGCCAGCCCCGGCGCCGGCCACCUCAUCCCGCUGGCGCAGCUGGCGCAGCGGCUCGUCGAGCACCACGGCUUCGCCGCCACCCUCGUCACCUUCACCGACCUGGCCUCCUCCCCGGAAGCCCAAUCCGGCAUCCCUGCCUCAGUCGCCACCGCCUCCCUCCCGUCCGUCCCGCUCCACGACCUCCCCGCCGACACGCCCAUGGAGACCGUCCUCUUCGAGCUCGUCCGCCGCUCUCUCCCGCACCUGCGCACCCUCCUCCGCUCCGCCGCGCACCUCGCGGCCCUGGUGCCGGAUUUCUUCUGCUCCGCGGCGCUUCCCCUGGCCGCCGAGCUAGGCGUCCCGGCGUACGUGUUCGUGCCCAGCAACCUCACCGCGCUCGCCAUCAUGCGCCGCAUCGUGGAGCUCCACGACGACCUGCCCCCUGGCGAGCACCGUGACCUCCCCGACCCUCUGGAGCUCCCCGGGGGCGUGUCGCUGCGCCACGCCGACCUGCCGUGCGGGUUCCAGAGCAGCAAGGAGCCAGUGUACGCGCACCUCGUCGAGGAAGGCCGGCGUUACCGCCAUGCCGACGGCGUGUUGGUGAACACGUUCUACGAGAUGGAGCCCGCAGCAGUCGAAGAGUUCAGGCGGGCGGCAGCGGAAGGCGCGUUCCCGCCGGUGUUCCCCGUGGGGCCGUUCGUCCGGUCAGGCGCCGCCGAGGCCGGCGACUCCGCCUGCUUAGAGUGGCUGGAUCGCCAGCCAACGGGAUCCGUGGUGUACGUCUCGUUCGGGAGCGGCGGCUGCCUCUCCGUGGAGCAGACGGCCGAGCUCGCGGCCGGGCUGGAGGCGAGCGGCUACAGGUUCCUCUGGGUGGUGCGCAUGCCGAGCAUGGAAGGCGAGGGGGAGCACGGACGUGGCAAGGACAACCCACUGGCGUGGCUCCCUGAGGGCUUCUUGGAGAGAACGAGGGACAAGGGCCUCGCCGUGGCGGCAUGGGCGCCUCAGGUGCGCGUGCUGUCUCACCCGGCGACGGCGGCCUUCGUGUCGCACUGCGGCUGGAACUCCACGCUGGAGAGCGUGUCGUGCGGCGUGCCCAUGGUCUCCUGGCCGCUGUACGCGGAGCAGAGGUUGAAUGCAGUGGUGCUGGAGGGCAGCGUCGGGAUGGCGCUCCCUGUGCGUCCGCGCGCGCGGGACGUCGACGGCGACGGCGAGGUGGUGUUGCGCAGCGUGAUCGCUGACGCCCUGAGGGAGCUCAUGGAGUGGCCGGUGAAAGGACGGACCGUGCGGCGCCAGGCCGGGGACAUGCAGCAGGCGGCGGCGCACGCGUGGGCGCCGGAGGGGUCGUCGCGCCGGGCGCUGGAGGAAGUCGCCGUCGCGUGGAGGCGUGGCGCGGCUGGCGAGGGGAAGCAGUAACGGACAUGUCCGCGAGCGGCAACCGGCGGUGAUGAUCGGACCCUGAUGGACGUGCGUCCAAAGUUUGCGUGGAUCAUCCUAGUUUGUUGGUAUACUAGCAGCGUGGUCAAUAAGUGAUAAACAUUUCUUGCCAAAAAUUAAAUAAACAGAUUCCGAGUUUGUAGAUGGAUAGCCGGCCGCAUCUUUUGUUGAGAGUCAGCGACAGAUGACAACCUCGCACGGGGUGUCUUUUUCUCGCCUGAUGACACUUAACCAAACCUCUGUCAACCGAUCGAUUUGAUCUCGAUGAAAUGAUCCAUGUGAUUUGCACGGCA